UUUACUAUUCCUUCGCUUCAAAUAAAAUAAUGAAUCCAUCUCUGAAGAGUUUUAGUUUGAAGCGGCUGUUGCCUUGUCAUUAGAAAAAAAAACAUAGAAAUUUGGUGUUAGUUGUGGCGUAAGUUUUCAUCAACACCGCAUUCAUUAACUAACAAUCAUUCAGAUGUCACACAUGACCUAACGAGUCCCACAAAACAGUUUUUACUUGUUCUAAUUAAACACUAUUACUUAUCUUCCAGAAUUCACCUCAAGCCUUUCAGUAUUAAGAUCAAAUCUUCAACAAAUUAUCGACGAUGAUGCUUAAGAUGUUACGAUCCUGGAAUUGGAAAAGUUGUCAAGGUAUUCGGCUUUCAGUUUUAGUUGCAGUUGCUUUGCUACUUUUAGUUGUAGGAUUCUUCUGCAGCAGAUUUGAUGAUGAUCAGUUCAGGACGACGAUGAAUAAUAUUCCAGAUGAUCACGCAAACGUAAUCAAUGAUACAUCGACGACAAAGAGAAUUACAAAGAUGAUCCAUCCAUCAAAAGGACGGCCUGGUGAUCCUCCAAUCCUGGCUUAUUGGAUUUUCGGUUUUAGAGGGGAAAGUAAAAGAAUGUUGAGGCUAUUAAAAGCAGUGUAUCACCCAAGAAACCAGUACCUAUUACACCUUCUCGAUGGAGAUGGAGAUGAAGAGAGGAUGGAAUUAGCUGUAUCAGUUGAAUCCGAACAGGUGUUUCGAGCAUUUGGGAAUGUGAACGUUGUUGGUAAAAGUUAUGCUGUGGAGGAAUCAGGGGCCUCUGCUCUUGCUGCCAUGCUUCAUGCCUCCGCCUUGCUCCUUCGAAUUAGUUCUCUAUGGGACUGGUUUAUCACCUUAAGCUCUUCCGACUACCCUCUUUUUACUCAAGACGGUAAAAUUUUCAUGAUCAUCAGUAGCCUGGCUGAUAUCUUAUUUGCUCUCACUUCCUUGCCAAGGGAUCUCAAUUUCCUAGGCUUCACCAAUAGGACUAUUGAUCAAAAGGGGCAGCACAACUUCAAUCGGAUUGUUGUUGACCCCAGCCUACAUUCAAAACGGGCUACUCCUCUUUACUAUGCUGUAGAAACUAGAGAAGUACCAUUAACUUUUGAUAUAUUCGAAGGUUCCCCUUGGAUGGUAUUGAGCAGAGGAUUUAUGGAGCACUGCAUCAAAGGUUGGGACAAUUUUCCUAGGAAGUUACUUAUGUACUACGCCAAUGUAGUGUCCCCUCUAGAAUCCUACUUUCACACUGUACUAUGCAAUUCCCCGGAAUUUAGGAACACAAUAGUAAACCAGGAUCUCAGGUGCUCCGUGCCAAUAAAUGUUUCAAAUUACCACGACGAUCUUGUGAACAAAUGGGCAAUAUUUGCUAGGCCAUUUAAAGAAGGCGAUCCUACUUUAGACGAGCUAGACAGGGAUAUCCUAGAUCGCCAGCCCCAAGGGCUGGUGCGUGGGAAAUGGUGCAAUAAUGGAGGACACAAUUCUUCUUCUUGUAGUUCUAAUUCCAGUACUAAUUGGGAUGACACUGAUUCAUUGGAUCCUGGAUUUAAUAGCGAAAAACUUCAGAAUAUUCUCUCCAAUUUUACUGUUGGAGACCAUCAUAAGCCUCGUAUUUUGUUUCAGCUACGGAAAACGUUGAAAAACAAUCCAACAAAAUCAUUAAGUCAUCAGAUAGGCAGCAUGUGUCUAAGGCAAAAUAAGAAGGGCAAGUUACACAUUUGACCAGUCGAUCAAAAUAAUUACAGCCGCUAGAUAAGUUAAAGCCCACCCUGAACUAAUACUUAAUUUUGAAAGUGAUACUUAAACUUUGUGGGGGUCUAUGAUUUCCCUAAACAAUUUUUUAUUGAUAUUAACAUAAUAUUUAUAAUCGGCUA